AUGGCAGAAGCAGUCCAAAGCUUUUGCAGUCCUAAUCAGCUACGAUUCCUGUUUGCACAUCUCCUGAUGAAUAUUCCAGUUACAGCCAUUGAGUUGUUCGAGGAAUAUCAGGAGGCUCUUUCGGCAGAUUAUCUUGACCAAUACGAUUCUCCGAUAAUGGUUAUGAAUAAAUGUUUGGAGGGGAUUGCAAAACACCUUGCUGCUCAAGGCAGUAGGUUGACUGAUUUUGGAUUACCUCAACCUCAAAACCUCAUAGAUGAAAUAUCUAUGGAGGCUCUUGCAUUUGAUCAUCGUAGAACCGAACUUACUGAGAUGGCAAUAGCAUCUCAGGAACAGUUAUUACCCCAACAGCUAGAUGCUUUUGAUACUAUCAUGAAUAAUAUCGAUAAAAUAGCUAUCGGAGAGAUUCCUGAACAUACAUGUUUCUUUCUGGAUGGAAAAGCUGGUCGGGGCAAAACAUAUGUUGUAAAUACGAUCGUAAAUUAUCUAAGAGGGCAAGGAGACAUUGUUGUUAUUACUGGUUCGACAGCUUUGAGUGUUACACUAUAUGAGAGAGGUCGUACUGCACAUUCUGCAUUUGGUAUUCCUGUCGUUGAAAAUAAUAUGGAGCUACAAUCGACUUUGAGUAUCAGAUCAGAUCGGGCCAAAUUACUAUCGAAGUCAAGCUUAAUUAUAUGGGAGGAGAUGCCUAUGGCCAACAAAGCAGCAAUUGAAUGUGCAGAUGAGUUCUUGGAACUCGUGCUUGCAAAUGGCAAACCAUUUGGUGGCAAAGUAUUUCUUGGCUUAGGGGACUUUCGACAGGUAGCAUCAGUGGUUAAAUCUGCAGGACCAACAGCUACACUCGAAGCAUCUAUACGAUCAUCCUAUCUUUGGGAACAAUUCAAAAUUUUACGAUUGGAUACACCUAUAAGAAAUGCAUCUGAUUUGGAAUAUGCCGAGUGGGUAGAUCAAAUUGGAGAUGGCUGUCAAGAAUCAAAUGAAUCGUUUGUCAAUCUGGAUUUAAUUGAGUCUUUAGACUCAAUCGAAGAGGCAAUUGACUUUCUAUUUCCCACAGAAGUAUUGCAAAAUCCAGCGAUUGUUUCCCAUCAUGCUUUCCUUAGUCCUUUGAAUAUCAAUGUGGAUCAAUUUAACCUUGCGAUUCUUGAAAGAUUCCCGACAAUGGAGGAAAGAACAUACUACAGCCACGAUUGUAUCAAAGAGGACCCUAACUUCACAUCCUCGGCUAUCAACAUUCUACCAUCAGGGGAGAUUCUAGAUUUUCUAUCUAUGUUGAAGGAGCCUGGUGUGCCUACACACAAAUUGAUUUUGAAAGUCGGUUAUUAA